AUGGAUAACGUAGAUUUAAAAAUUUUAAUUGAUGAUUUAGUACUUAAUCAAAAUUUUCUUAAUUAUUAUGAAUUAAAAUCAUAUCUCCAAAAAUAUGAUAACAAUAUAACGGGUGAUGAUAUGGAAUAUUAUUAUCCAUAUUAUAAAAAUGAAAUUUUGAAAUAUCAUGAUAGAAUAAUUUCUAAAAUUAAAGACAAAAUUAAAAAUAAUGAAUAUUCAAAGGAAAAAACUAAAUCACAACUUAAACAGUUGAAAGAUUUCAAAAAUAAAGUAUUAACAGAAGAAGAUAUUGAUGAAUUAUAUAAUUUAUAUAAUCCUGAGCCGCAAAAGCCAAAGCCGAGGUCUAAAGUAGCAAAUGUUCAACAGCCAAAGGAACAAAAACAAAAGAUGCAAAACGCCCAGGUCCUUCAGACCAUAAAUGAAGCACAAGCUUUAAUUUAUGAUUCAUUAGUUAAACCAUAUUCAGCCCGACUUUUAAAUGAAGAUCAACUUUUGGAAUUCAUCCUUCAACAUAAACUCGAAGCGGGAAAGUAUAUCAAACCUUUAUAUACAGCAUAUUUAAAACAAAUGAAUAGAAUACAUCCAGAAUUAAUGAAGGAAGGAAUGAAAUCCAAAAUCAAAGCAGAUAAAAUUAAACCACUUGCAACACCAAAACCUCCAACGACAGUACCGCCUCCUCCUUCAGUUAAUCCUUCAUCAUUCACUUUAUUAUAUCCAUUUCAAACAUUAAAGAAGCAAAAAGAUUUUAAAAAGGAUUUCAAAAUAUUAAAUAAACCAAUUGACCCAAAAAUUCAACCAUUAAAGGAAAAAUUUAGUCGCCCUUCAUUUGCUCCAUAUCCAUAUUCAUACGAAAUAGAUCAUUUAGAAUAUUCAAAAGGAAACGUUACUUAUUUAUUUGCCAUUAACAUUAACACUAGAUAUUUAUAUUGCAUUCCGGUGAAAGGGAAAACAGAACAGGAAACAAGAAGAGCUAUACAAUACUUACUAGAUCAUGAAAGAGUAGAUAAUAUAAGGGGUGAUGGUGAUAAAGGAUUUCAGGCAACUAUGACUCAUUAUUUCCCACAAAUUAAUUUUUUCUUUUCAUCCUCUCCAUAUACGUUUCAUAAUAAAAUAGUUGAUGCGGUAAUGAGAACUCUUAGAGAUGCGUUAGGGGUUAACGGUCAGAUAUACUGGGAUGGAAAUCAUGACUCCAUCAUACAACA